AGGGGGGGCCCACAGCUAUGCCUUCUUCCUCUUUAUUUCCCUUUUCGUUCCUAUCACUUGUACAAUAUGCAUUUUUGGGAGUGAUUUUAUAUAUUUUAGCCGGCGCUCCCUUGCUUUCCCUAGUCGAUCUGUCAGGGUCCUCGUACUCGUAUUCCACGAGUGCUAGCGGCGGCAGCAAUGCUGGUGGUGGUGGGAUUGUGGGGGAAAAGUUGGAUACUUUAGUCAUUCCCGAGGCAAAUUUGACCUGUCAAGCGCAUAGUUAUAAGGGUGUAUAUGUACUGAGUAGGGAGCCAUUGGUGGUGUACAUUGAGGGAUUCGUGAGUGCGGAGGAGUGCGAACGGGUUGUGAGGGUGAGCGAACCCCAUUUCACACCCUCUACCGUCUGGAAUGCCGGCCAGGAACGCCUAGACACCACCGUCCGCCACUCUGAGAAAACGCUUACUCCGCGUGAUCACACAGUCAAGUGCAUUGAGGAGCGGGCGCGUACAUUUCAGGGCUGGCGUCCGUAUACCUUUGUCGAAAAGCUAUGGACUCAACGGUACGGUGCAGGUGGCCACUACACGUACCAUUUCGACUGGAAUACAGCAACCAGGACGAGCGGACGCGUGAGCAGUUUCAUGGUCUAUCUUGAAGCGAAUUGCACAGGAGGCGGCACUCAUUUCCCACGUCUCCAGAAACCCAUUGAAAAAUCCUGGUGCAAGUUCAUCGAAUGCGGAGAGCAAGCCGGGCCCAACGUGGGAAGAGGGAGUGAGGGGCCGAGUCUAAGCGAGGGCGUGAUUUUCCGGCCCAUCAAGGGCAAUGCAGUGUACUGGGAGAACAUGCGCAGUGGUGGAGAGGGGUACCUCGAGACUUGGCAUGCUGGAUUGCCGGUAACGAAUGGGACGAAGAUUGGGCUGAAUAUCUGGAGCUGGUUCCAGGCGGGUUAUGUGCCGCCGGUUCAGUAGGUGGAGUAAUACAGAUGUUUUGUGAAGAACUAGACGGCGAGUGUUGGAGUUUACGUCAACCACUACGCACCCAAGGGAGGAAUUUAUAACAUAUGGUGAGACCCAAUGAUCUUCCGAUAGUUUAUGAUCUCUGGGA